AUGCGCUACUCGGACCCCUCGGCGAACAGGGAUUUGUUGGGGAACCGAACUUUGCUCUUCAUCUUCAUCUGCGCCUUUGCCUUGGUGACUUUGCUGCAACAGAUCUUGUAUGGCAGGAACUACAUUAAGAGAGGCCUCCAGUUUGGUUGGCAGAGUGGCGACCAGCUGGCCAAUUGGACGGGACUCUUAAAUGUCACGGACGUCCCAGAGUCACCCAGCGGCAGUGACUCCAGCUCCAGGUACUUUGAAUUUUACGAGGGCCCUUUAGAAUAUAACUCCACAAGAUGCCUGGAGCUGAGGAACGAAAUCUUGGAGGUGAAGGUGCUGUCCAUGGUGAAGCAGUCGGAGCUGUUCGACAGGUGGAGGAGCCUGCAGAUGUGCAAAUGGGCGAUGAACAUCUCCGAAGCCAACCAGUUCAAGUCCACUCUGUCCAGGUGCUGCAACGCCCCCUCCUUCCUCUUCACCACCCAGAAGAACACCCCCCUGGGGACAAAGCUCAAGUAUGAGGUGGACACCAGUGGCAUCUACCACAUCAACCAGGAGAUCUUUCGCAUGUUUCCCAAGGACAUGCCCUACAACCGAUCGCAGUUUAAGAAGUGCGCGGUGGUGGGCAACGGAGGCAUCCUGAAGAACAGCCGCUGUGGGAGGGAGAUUAACAGCGCAGACUUCGUCUUCCGGUGCAACCUGCCCCCCAUCUCAGAGAAGUACACCGUGGAUGUGGGGGUGAAGACGGACGUGGUCACUGUGAACCCCAGCAUCAUUACAGACAGGUUCCACAAGCUGGAGAAGUGGCGGCGGCCCUUCUACCGCGUGCUGCAGGUGUACGAGAACGCGUCGGUGCUGCUGCCGGCCUUCUACAACACGCGCAACACCGACGUAUCCAUCCGCGUCAAGUACGUGCUGGACGACUUCCAGUCGCCGCAGGCCGUCUACUACUUCCACCCGCAGUACCUGGUCAACGUGUCGCGCUACUGGCUCAGCCUGGGCGUGCGCGCCAAGCGCAUCAGCACCGGCCUCAUCCUGGCCACCGCGGCGCUGGAGCUCUGCGAGGAGGUGCACCUGUUCGGCUUCUGGGCCUUCCCCAUGAACCCUUCGGGCCUCUACAUCACUCACCACUAUUAUGACAACGUCAAGCCCCGUCCAGGCUUUCACGCCAUGCCCUCCGAGAUCUUCAACUUCCUGCACCUGCACAGCCGAGGCAUCCUCCGUGUGCACACGGGCACCUGCAGCUGCUGCUGAGGGAGCCCUGGCUGCCUGCCGUGCCCGGCCCCCAGAACCUGGCUCCUCUUCUCCCUCCUGUGCCGGGCAGGCAGUGGGAAGCCUGGCUGAAAGGCUGUUACUCCCUCGGUAGUUCGGCUUCAUGCUUGGGACCUGUGGGCCUGGAGGCAGGGAUGGGGUACCGGGCAGAAUCGGCUCUGUACUAGGCAUCCUGGGCUCCAGUGGGGGCCCCGGGUCUCUGCCUUGCCUCCCGUAGCAUGCCGCUGGGGCCCACCUCAGGGUCCGGGCCCUGGGGGCUGCCAGUGAAUAAAGCACAUUUCCACUCAAUUUCAGCAACGAAGAAAGACAGCACAAACUGUAGCGGCCUUGUCACAGCUAAGGAAGGCCCUACAGAGAAUGGAAACCAGGGAGAUUGGAGGUAGGACACGUGAGCAAGGGCAAGAUUUAAUGCAGACUUUUGGGUUCUUGAGUUUUAUUUCGAGGCCUCAGCCCUGAUUUGCUGUCUAGAAUCUCAGAGCUUAGAGGCCAACCCAGCCACCAGACCUUCCUGUGAAGACAGAGUGGCCCAGAGAAGUCCAGAGAUUUAUCAGCCAAGGUUCCACCAUCUGAAUCCUUUAAGUGACGUCGUGAGAGCUAAUGCAAGGCCUGUGAGUCAGGGUCUUCGCAGAGACGCUGUCCGCUGAGGAGAGCCACGCCAUUUCAAACACGUCCUCAGACACACACAGUCUCGGUGCCUCCAGGUGCAAACCUGCGUUUGCUCUUUUGAUGAGAAGGAAGUAAACCAGCCCAGCCAUUUGCACUAAGGUUUUCAAGCCAACGUUAUCGACUCAUAAGUGCUCAGUGAUUCGCUUCCUCUUUUGCCUCCUUAUUUUCAGCUCAGUUUUAACCAGAGUUAUUUAUAAGACCUGUUCCUAUUUAUGUUCCUGAGUACUGCAGAAUCCUGCUAUAUCCCAAUCCUGAACAGGAGCCAUCAGGCUCCAGGCCGAACCAAGUAACCGGUGAGCUUAGUGGCCGGAAGCGCGUCGUGGCCUCUGACACCAGCAUCGCUGAGGGACCCGCUGCACAGGUGGGACUUCCCACAUGGCCCAGCUUGGCAACCUCCAUGCACUCGGGCCCCCAGGGCCUGCACUUUGGGAAGUUAGCUGUGUCAAGGCUGAAAGAGGUUAACAUGCCAUUUCACAUCUGAAAUCCAUUCCCUUGGCUUCCCCCGUGGUGUUCCCACCAUUAAUGCGGUUGUGCCUCAUAGACGCCAUUGGUACAUUCAUUGCCUUAGAACUUAGCUUUGUGCAAUCAUAGACUGUCAGUCCCGGGAGGGACUUCAGCUCCUUUCCUCUCUCCCUCCCCCCUCCUUUCUUCCCUCCCAACCCCCGUAAUCAUUUCCAUAGCUUGUUCUGCUUUGAUCUGGGGUUGGGCUCGUACAUGAUGACAGAUAUGGACACAUCUUGUCUUAUUGUACUUCACAGAUGUUGUGUUUUUUAAAACAAGUUAAAGGCAAGACCCUCCCCCAGCAAAAAGAUCCUGACUCACUUUAUUGCCGUGGUCUGGAGCCAAACCCGAGGUAUCUCUGAGGUAUGCCUUUGUAGGCGGUAUCUCGGUCUUCUGGGGCUGGAGGGCAGACCAUAAGCAGACUCCAGCCCUGCACAUCCGGUGCUCAGAGGAGGAACUGAAAGCACAGCAGGGAGCAGGACCUUUCUCCUGAUUUCCUUGUUUUACGGGCAGAGCCAUAGGCUCAGCCAGCCAGUGAGAGCAAGGGGAGCGAGGAGAAUGAGGGUGCAGUCCUGGGUUGUUGCAAGCCAUGUGCUUACUCUGCACAGCGCUGCUCUAGAUGCUGGCCUUCCUCCUUUGUUUUGAGCUCUGGUCCCAACUGGGAAAAAACUCCAGGCCGCUCUGAGCCUCCAUCUGCUUUUCUGCACAGCAGGAAAGGAACCAAGGAGGCAAAGUAGGCCCGAAUCCUUGGUAAACGGGGGAAAACUGCAGCAGGACCACAUAUGGCUGUGCUUUCUGAGGUUCUGCCUGUGUCCCUCAAGGAAGGAGCUUCUGGGAAAGAUUCUGGUUAACUGAGGUCUCCAGCCACUUGCUCGUGGUUAACUGAGCCCAGUUCUCAAAACGAUGGAAUGGUAGAACUAGAAGGCUCUUAAAGACUAUUUGUCGCACUUCAGGAAACAGGCCUAGAACGGGGAGGUGACCCGGGUCGGGUCAUGCCAGGGCUCUACUGAGUGCCCGCUGUGAACAGAAGCUUGCCCAGUGUGUGGAAGCUGGGGUUCUGGAGAGUCACACAUUGGGGUUCUCACAGCCGAGGGUGUGGUGGGCUGGGGUCUGCCUAGCCAGGGCCCCUGUAGGUGCUGGGUUUCAUGGCUCAUGGUCCCGUUUCUGCGCGUAGGUCUCAGGGCAGGUCUCCUCCUCUCCCUCAGGGUCUCAGUUUCCGCAUCUACAACCAAGGGCUUAGAUCUCUGGGGUCUCUGUCAUCUCUAACUCUUUUUUGAGGCGUUCGUGAUCAUGGGUCUAAGCCAUACACGUGGGUGGUUGUGACGGCGAAGAUUCACCGUGCCGCCAUUCUGCCUCAGGCCCAAGGCUGAGCACUUCCUUUGCAUCGUCUCCUGCUGUCGUCACAGGACCCCAGUAGGAGGAAGGCUCCCAUCAGAAAGGCCAGGAGACUGAGGCUCAGGGCGAUUCGGUGACUUGCCCAUGGCCAGGCACUCAGUGGAGGAAACUGCACCCGGGUCUGCAGAACCCCAAAGUCUGGGCUCCAAACCUCUGGCUGAGCUGCAUCCCAGCCGGUGUCGGCUGGGCUGGAACAAAAGGGAUCCAGAUGGAGAUGCCACUGCAGGCACUGGGCCCUGCCCUAGGGACAAGCGCUCUGGAAGGCUAUCAGGAGUCCAGAAGACAGUCUCAGCCUGAGGGUGUCCCCCUCCUCUAUCUCUCCCUGUGUCAUUGGAGGGGAGCUGAGGCCAUCUCCACAUUUUGCAGGUGAGGAGAAAUGCCCAGGAAGGGUACACAUUACAAGACAACAUGGCGAGUGACUUGCCCAAAGCCAACACGGCCGGCUAGGGCCUCAGCUGGGACCCGCCCAGCCUCCUGACUUGCAGUCCAUGCUCUUGCUCCGGCUGCUAGUGUCUGUUGGGAAAACAUUUCCCGAAGGCGAGAGAAACCCAGGCAUCGACUCAGGAGCCCCCACCGAGGGUGUUCCUCUCCUCACCGGCCCUGCACCCUGGGGUGCAGACUACCAAUUAAAUUCUUAUUUAGGGGAAAUUGAUGCUCCACAAACAAAAAGUCACUUCUUCCUUUGUGCUAAACCCACAGCCCCAGGGCUGAAAGGCAGCAAAAACAAGGAAAUGACUUGGUGCUGAACCAAGCAAAAAGGAAGGUGGCUCAAGGUCAGACGUGGCCUCUGAGACGGGUCAGCAGUGCUGGCGCGGCACCUCUGCCCGCGCAUCUCCUGGGGCUGCAGAGAGGCUGUUGUCCUUGACUUGGAUGAACAUGGGGAGGAGGCAGGGGCAGUGCUUUUGUAACCAAGCAAACCGGGGCUUGGCCACGUGGCACCUUCACACAUGACCCAAUGAUUUGUGUUGAGGGAAUAGGUUUUUAUUAACAGGGUUACAACUUGGGGGUGCUGAGAGCACUCCUGCUCUGAGCCCUCCUCUCCAACAAGACCCAGCAUUUCCCUUGCUCCCCAAAAGGCUACAAGCCAAAAACAUGCCCAGAAGUUCCCCAUGUCCUCAUGUGUUCUUAAGCCAGCUGUGCAGACAGGUCUCCAUCCCCUCUGGAACGCACACAUGUGGGUUUCAGAGUCUCCAUCCUCUCGCAGUAGCUCUCUCCUUCAGGAUCCGGGGUACGUUGUCCUCAGCCUCCAUGCAGCAGUCCAGGAAAACCUGCGCCGUGUUACACUGGGUCAUGGGGGGGUCCGGGCAGGCGCAUGUCCCUAGAGUGCCUUCUCCGUACGUCCUUCAGAGAAGCAGAGGUAGCUCAGCAUUCCCAGUCCCAGUUCAGCUCCAAGCAUCUCCCACAAACCCGUGCUUGGUCAGGCGGGUCCCUGCGCAGCUCCAUCAGCUCUGCUGCUGUCCUCUCCUCACUCCAGACCUCCGGGUGUGCUCUUACUCCAAACCAUGUGGCUUCCCCCUUGCACACCAGACUGCGUAGGGGACUCCCGUCCACAGCCUUUCAGAUGGCAGGGCCUCCUCUUUCUUUCUCAGCCCGCCCUUAUUUAAGUGCUCCGCCCGAACUUCCUAUGUGACCUCAUACAUGAGGUACCAUUUUUGCCAAUCCCUCCCCACUCCUGCAUCUUUCACCUUCUUUUGGCUGCCAUCUGUAGUCAAGCAAGAGUUCCCAGCAACGUCCGGGGUGGGCGUCUGCCCCCUCCCUCUCACACAGGCAUUGUGUGAGCUCCUGCAGCUCUGUGGUGAGUCCCUGAAUGCUCUGAGUCACAUGAACCUUUCACCCCGGGAGCGGGAGCGCAGCCCUUCAAGAAAGACACAGCUAUUAGCUUGCCAUUGUUGUGCAAAGUAUCUUAAAGGCCCUGUCAGCCACUUCCCCCUUCCUCCAACCAAGGAUUGUGGGGGUUUCUAUUUUCGCUCUGCACCCCGUUAUACUUUCUGACAUUUGAGGGAGAGCACAGAACUGGCUUCGGCCAGGUGUUCAGCCAGUGGUUACUGAGCCUUAUUUUGCACCAGGCAUCAGGCCGGGUGCCGGGGGCUGCAGUAGUGAGUGAUGCGCAGCACGGAGCCCCUGCCCACUGGACAGAAGGUCCGGUGGGCGUGCACAGACUCUACACGGAGGGUCCUACAGCCCGAGUCAGUCCCGAAUUUUGAAAGUUGGCAGGAGAAUGAUGGUAAUUGCUGAAGCAGCGGAUACUUCUCAGGCCUCAUCCUUGACACCCAUGUGACAUGUGACAGGGGUGGCCUCUGGAAGCUACCUCAGGGUUCUCCUCCCUUUUCAGGAACUUUCCUUCAGAAAUCUCAUGGAUUCACAGCCCCAGUCUCUUCUGUCCUUGCAUCUUAGACCCCUCCCCUGCAGGCUGGCCCUCUCUCGGAACAUUGGAACCAUGCUCACUGUGGUCUUAAGAGUGUCUCUGCCUGCAUGGCGUGUCAAACCUCCACAUGUCCUCAGAUCUGGGCUCCACCUCACUGGCCACUUACUAGCUGGCGACCUCGGAGGAGCAGCGGAAUCCCCUGGAAGCUCAGAUGAGGGAGGCCAGGUCAGCAGCUCCCCUAGCUACAGUCAGGCUGGGUGAGACAGUGCUGCUCGAUGUCUAGCCCAGCGCCGGGCACAAAGGAGACACCCAGUGAACGCAGCUUCCCUGUACCCACGUCCCCCUCCCCCACCAUCAGUCAUCCCUCAGUGAAUGGCUCUCCCAGACCACUGCACUCAGCCCCAAACCUGGGUCACCCUUUGCUUGUCCUUCUCCUUCACCUUCUGGGUCUGUGUGUUCUCCAAAUCAUGUCAGUUCUGAUUCAUGAAUAUCCCUUGAAUUUAUUCCCUACCUGUGUCCCUCCUGCCCUAAACUCAGGCCCUUCUGACUGAGCUGCUUCCAGAGAGUUACCUUCAGGAAGUACCUUCCGUGGAGUCCAUUGCCUGCCUGUCCCAGGCAGUCCAGAUUCCUUAUCCAGACAGGCAGGGCUUGCACCAAGCUGGCUCACUCACUCCCCAGAGACCUUCCUGCCACGUCCCCUCCCCACCCCACCCCACCCUCGCACCCCUCCAGGCGCUGUGCCUUUGUACAAGCUGUUGGAAAUGCCUGAAUUGGCUUCACACCCCCACCUCCCGUUCUCCUCCCCUUUACUCUGUCGCUUUUGCAGGUGUUAGGUUGUGGUCCCUGCAUCCUCCCCUCUGUGGGCUGGGCACUCUCUCCCCCUUGCUUCUGCCCUGACCCUCUCCAACUUCAAUUAGGAUGUCCUUAUAGCGUGUGGCACGGGCAUCCUGCGUCCUUGGCCGAGGGCCCAUUUUUCCCUAAUGGAAGCCCCCUAGACCAACUCAUCUUCGCACCCCCAGCACUGGCACAGAACCAGGCGUUCAUAGCAACGAGGGGCUCCGGUUACCUACCUAGUUCAGGAGACCCUCAUGAUAAACUGAGUGACAUCCUGCAGAAUUGUUGGCUUAAAAGAGUCCCCUGUUUAUUUAUUUAUUUUUUGCCCAGCACCGUCUCUGUGGGAAGCGCCGAGCUGUGAGGACGCCCCCACCUGUCCUUGGGGAGCUUGGGACCCAGAAGGCCGGGCUGUCUGUGUUGUGGUGGCUUGCUGGCUCCAUCUGCUACCCUCUUUGUCUCUCCCCGUUGCAAUCUUGCUCAUCUGCCUCUUGCCUGCUAACCAACCCUAUUUCUCUAGAUUAAACUAAAGAAGGGAAAGACAUUUUUUUUCUUUUUCUUCCCUCAAAACCAUACAGAUUUGUCAGGAUCUUGUAUGAGGUGCAAGCUGGUAAUGAGGGAUUUUCAACAGUGUCACCAAAACAAGUGGAAAAUGUGUUAUUCACUCAGAGACAGAUGAGCUGAGCUUUGCAGAUGGUUGCAGGGGCCCAGUGGGAGCCCAGGGGCCUGGGGCCCUUCCCCCGGGGGGAGGGGAUGGUGCCGCUCUGAGUUCAGCGCACACCCAGCCUCUCCCCACAGCCAGGGCACCCCUGCUCAAAGGGGCUGCUUGCAGUUCAAGGUCAGGUGAGGCCCAGCUGAGGGUGUGCCUGUGGCUCGCGUGUGCCUCUGCUGUUCUCCGGAGGUCUGGCCGUGCCAGGCCAGUGUGUGGAGGUGGAUCACACCCUACCAGGCAUCCUGCUAAAGCAGUGUGUCCUUCAAAGGGUGGCCUGCAUGUAGGUCACCUGUGCGGAAUCCCCUGGGUGCUUGUUAAACGCUCCCAUCUGGACUCAGAGCCUGUGGAGGUGGGGGUGGUGUCAGAGAAUCAGGUUGCGUGACACCCCAGGCGGUUCCGGAGAGCACACGUUCAGACCGGAGUCUCAAGUGAGAAAAGAGCACAGACGAGAACCUGGCUCACAGUCCCACCGGCGUUUUCUGUAAAUACAAGCAGAGUGCACGGCCCGCUGUUAAACUAGCAACAGAGGUUAACUGCCCCGGAACCUGUAACAUUCACGAAAUCUGUUCGGGCCUUGACACUAUCAGAGAUUUUUGCUUUUUUUUCAUUUUUAAUUGUGGUAAAACACAUAUAACAUAAAUGCACCAUCUUAACCAUUUCUAAGUGUUCAGGCUGAUGUGCAUUCAACCUCCAGAAUGCUUUUCAUCUUGCAAAACUAAACUCUAUGCCUAUUAAAAGACAAGUCCCCAUUACCCCUCCCCCAGCCCCCAACAACCACCGUUUUGCUCUCUGUCUCUGUGACUCUGACCCCUCCCUGUGCCCCACGGAAGUGGAAUCACACAGCUCUGUGUUUUUCUGGCUGGCCUGUCUCACACAGAAUCACGUCGAUAGGAGCUGUUCUCAAAGGACAUGAGCUGUUUUCGGUGUCUCUGUAAUAGAAUUCUGAUUUUGCCUUUGCCUGGAGCGGUUGUCCUGGGUUCUCAGCUGGUCCCCGGCUUCCGGCACCUCAGCACUUGGCUGAGGGUCAGCGCAGACCGGGUCUCUCUGUGUAGUGUGGGCUCAGCGUCGGGCCAGCCAGUGACCCAAGAGGCAGCAGCCUUGCCCAUCUCUUCUAAGUCUUUAGGCAUUUCCCCUGCGCGGUAUCUUCAUUUAACACUAAAUAAAAGAGAAAAAGAAGAAAGAAGAAAAGAAAAAGAAAUAUAUGCCACUGUGACCUGGCUCUUGGCAGGAAGCCGGAAAUCAGUGGGGGAGGGAGAGGGCUCCCUUGUCAACCAAAUAAGUCAUUUCGUUCCGCUAAGUGACUCGUUCAGCUUUGGGAUGGAAGUUCUAGUCCCCCUAGAAUUGGGGUUCUCAGCCUCGUGUGCCCAUUAGAAUCAACUGGGGGCCCUGGCCCAUUGGGCGCCAAAGCUGGGCCCUGCACUCUGCCAACCACCCAUGGCAAACAAACUCAGCAGGUGCUGAAGAGGAGACCUGGGUCCCACAGAACUGGGCGUCACGCUCUUCCCUCCCUCACCUCCUUCCUUUGGAAAAGGUUCCGAGUCUCUGCCUCAAUCUCUUCUCCCUCCAACUGGAGGCAGCCCCUCCCCCUCCCCGCUGAAGUUGCCCGAGCAGUGUGGUCCCAGCGAGAACCCUCACUCUAUGCCUGGGGCAGCUCAGAAUUCCUCAUUCAGCCUCGAAGUUGAUGAGACCCCUGGACACUGUGACUAGUUAGAGGAGGCAGUGGGUGCGCCCCUCCCUUCCCGGGUCCACGUAGGCAGUGUGUUUGCUCCAGCCCCAGGGAGCCAGGGACCCAGUGAAGGAAAGUCAAUCUUGCGACCCAGCAAUCCUGGCUGUAAACCUCAGCGUCAAAGACCGAACGUGUUGCUAACAGCAAAUCCCGCACGGCCUUUGCUUUCAUUCUAACCUCAGUUCCAGCAGACUUGGUUUUGGUCUUCUGUCAUCAAGCAAACUGAGAGAAGGGUACCGGGUGCCAGACAGAGCAGAAGCGUCAGCUAAUGGCCUGAGAGUGACGGCAUUGAAAAGGCCAAAACUAUGUGUCUCGGAAAAUACCAAGGGAUUCGAGGCUAUUUAGUGCAGAAGCAAAUAGUUUAGUGGGGGGCAGGUAUGUCAUAAUGACCCCCAGGGCAGCAAAGCAUUUCAGGUGAGCUCACCCUGAGGUGCCCACGCCAAGCCGAGGUACAAAAACCCUCAAACGCCAUUCAGCACCCUGCGGGUAAGAAGGAAGACAGGUGUCCUGUCCACUUAUUUCCAUCCCCAAGUAAUAUUAUUAUUUCCAUCCCCAAAACACUCAGAAGACAUUCAUAGCGAUCUCAGUGCUUAGAAGCUUGGCCCUCUGUUAUCCCGAAGUUCAGGCAGCUGAACCAGUUCGUCAUCUGAUGGUCCAGGAGACAUGGCAUGGGCGGACUCUUUGGGACUCCCCUGUUUCCCCGUGACAUCGUUUUCCCCAGGUGAUGCUCUCCUGCUGCUCCUCCCCCAAGACAAAAGCAGAGGAGGAGGGGGAAACACGCCUCUUCCAGCUUCCCAUCUGAAGGGGAACUUGCAGUGUGGUCCACGGUCCACGGUCAUGGCUGUGGCCCAGGCAGCCUCUUUGUGCACCUGCGGGGUCCUCGUUGCCCGUCGGAGGGGGAUCAGGAUCUCAGCUGGGUGGGCGCCAGCUUUGCAGUCUCUCAGGCCUGGGUGUGUUUGUGAAUUUGAAGAAUAGAACAUUUUUCCCCCCACAAAUGAACACUCCUGCUUUCUAAACACCUUUACCAUCCCGUUCUCACUGGGCCUCCCUGUACUCCUGAGAGGAAGGUGGGGCAGAUGGUGGUGUUCCUGCUUGACCUUGGCCCAGAAACAUGACUGUGGGGUGCCCCAGGUCACUCGGGGUUGGUUGGAGCUGUGGUGUUGGGUGUUCAAGCUUCCGAGGGCGGGGCCAGUGGCCAUGUCCUGCUGCAGCUCCCGAGACCCCUCUGCUUUCCUCCCUGUGGGCUGUCAGGCUGGCCCGGAGCCUGGCCCAGGCCUCACGCAUUGCCCGGCAUCUGUGUGGAGGGCCUUGUUUGGUACUUACUCACUUCUUUCUAGGACCUAAGCCCUGGGCACUCGGAGCCAGCAACAUGGGGUGGCCUUUCCUGGUGGGGUGGCAGUUAUACCUGGUGAGAGUCACCAAAGGCCUCAGGCCUGGGCAGUGCGGGAAUGUGGAAGGAGCUGGCAUCAGGCUUCCUACACCAGCUCCCUGGUGCUGUGGCCGUGUGGGAGGAGGCUGGUGGGGCCCGCAGUGGCAGCUCCUGGGAGCCCACCCAGGAGCUAGCUGUCCUGGACCCUCUGGAGCAGGACCCUUGGCCCUGCCACGACCGGCUUCUAAGCAAGCUCCUCCACUUAAGGUUGUCAGGGGCGGGGGAGCGUGCAGUGGUUCCUCCCUGGACUCCCACACCCUGCACACACAUUUUAGGAAUGCGGCCAGGUUACAGGCUCCCUUUCUGGACCUCACUACACCCCUGCAGCAAGCCCUAACUCUUCGUCAAAGCUGUGUUGUUUGAACUGUGAAAUAUGUGUGUGUGUUUAUUUCAAAGCUAACACUUUAACUCAACGAGCACACAAUGGUUGUUCAGUGGCACAUCUGGAGUCAAAGCCCUGCCACCUCAUCCCCCAAAUGAAGCUGGGACGGCGAUGGGGUCAGCAGAGGAACAGCGGCCACUCUGCCCUGCAGCCACGUGCCCACUGCCCCGAUCCGUCAUGGCUCUGCCAGGUUGAUGUCCGUGCCCUGCCCAGGAGCUCAUGUGAAGGCAGCCAGCGGCGCUUGGUGGAACCAGCUCAGCUCCAAGGAGCCUCCUGUGUGUGAAGACAACGUGGCCACGUGGCCGUGACCUUCACAUCUUCAUGUGCUCUCAGCCCCCUCCCUCCCCGAACUGCACUGCGCUGCGCUCCCGGGAGCCUUUCCCGCUGGAGUGGAGGGGAAAGACAGAUGCCGCCGUGGGCUGGAUGUGAAGACACUCCCUCUGCGCCCGGAGCUGCAGCUUGGCUUCGGGAGCCCCUCUUGCCCUGCAGAUUUGCUCCUUCCCCCGGCCCUGGGGACGAUGCUCUGUGCCCUUCCGAGGAGUCGGGGAGGGGCUGCAGCCGUUGUCUGGUUUCCACACAAAUGUCGUUCCAGCAACAGGGGUUCCUACCGACUCUGGCCCGCCGCGUAUCCCCAGCCUGCGUGUGAGUGGUUCUGCAGUGAUGUCUGCGACUUAUGCUCAGCACACAAUCAGGGUACUUUGUGUCUGUCGCUGUGUUUGAAAGGCCCCCAGUUUACACCCAAUAAAACCAGUCAAAUGAUUCAUGUA